UUCAGUGGAUAUUGAAGUAUGCUCUAUUCUGUAUGGAGUGUUUUAUGAAGAUGUUCAAAGUAUAAACUGAGAAUCAUUUCUGUAUUUUUAAAAUGUGUAAUAGUGUUCCAGCAGCAAUGAAGGAUCAAAAAAGCUUUGAAGUUAUCAUGCAGGACUGUGCUGCAGAGAAGAAAGAAAUGGUUGAUAAACUUGUUCAGCGUUCAGAAGCAAGACUUGCUGAAAUGGAAAGGAAAAAAUGUGAAAAAGAUAACAGAACAUCUGUUUAUGAACAGACGGAUUAUUUCAAUAGUACAUUUAGUCAAUUGAAGCAGCAGAUUGAGGCUAAACUUUACAAUGCUCCUAAUAUUGAUAAAAAUAGUCUUACGUCGUAUUUCGAUGGCAUUGUAAGGGAUUUUCAAGAAUUGCAAAAGUUUUUGUCUGAUUCUACUUUAUUUUUACCCACAUAUGAUAUAAAGAAGGCACAAGAAAGUUUGAAAAUGCUGCAAGAAGACAUACAUGUAGUUCAGUACAAUUUAAUUCCAAAGAAGAAAUUUGCUUUCAAGAGUAAAAGGAAAUUACAGAAUGGUAUUAAACCUCCUUGCCAGGAAAAGAUUAGUCUGAAUAAUACGGCUGAUCCAAUCUCAAUGAUCAAGCUUUGUAAAUGUGGUUUCAAGGACUUAUCACAGCAAAACUUGGUAAAAUUCCGGCAUGAAAUAGAAAAACAAGAUGUAGGUCUCCAUCAUUUGCAAGACUGUACUAUUCAUUUAUAUGGUGCACCUAGCACAAUAUUUAUAAGUGGCUUAUCUGACUGCCGUGUUUUUGCAGGUCCUGUUUCAACAUCUGUGUUUAUAGAAAAUUGUAGACAGUGUACAUUUGUAUUUGCAUGCCAGCAAUUAAGGGUACAUAGUUGCACAAAUUGUGAUUUCUACUUGCAUGUUACAAGCCGAACCAUCAUUGAAGAUUGCAAAGACUUGCAAUUUGCACCGUACAACUGGACAUAUGAUGGCCAAGAUGUUGACUUUAUUACUGCUGGUAUUGAUAAAGAAAAUAAUAAUUGGGAUUCAAUAGAUGACUUUAAUUGGCUAGUUAUUGGUACUCCAUCUCCUAACUGGUCUCUUUUAGAUAAAGAAAAAUAUCAUAAAUGGAGCUGAUUUUGUAAUUUAAUAGCAAUUUUUAUUUACUAAUGUGAUAAUUUUUUUUAAUGUUUUCUACUGUACUUAAAAAUGCUUUUACUUGCUUAUUGUUAACAUUUGUUUUUUAAGCUGUUAAAAAUAUGGAAUUGUAAUAAUAUUACUUAAUCACAAAAAAUUAAAUAUGAAAGUGCAAAGUAAGCUAGAAGUUUUAAACUUUUAGUAUGGCUAGUUUAGUUUUGCCUUGUUGAAGUUAGGUGUCUUAAAUUUAUAAAAAAGUUAAUAUUCUUGAAUUAAAAUGUGAGAUUAAUAUUUAAUAAUUAAUUUGGUAAAAAGAACUUUUUAUUUCUUUGAAUGAACUCAUGUGCACAAUCUAUGUUAUUUUUAAGAUAUUGAUUAGAUUAGAUCUUUUUAAUUAACUACUUUGAUUUUUAUCUUAAGUACUCAGCCCAAAUAAAUCAAGUAGUUCAUUUUUUAUUUAAAGCACAAACUUUCUGAUUUUCAAGUACUGUAAAACUCCAAAUAUAUAGAAUAAUUGGGACCACAAGCCCUUUGGAUAUUCCAAAAAUCAAAUAACUGGAUUGUUUAUUUCCUGUAAGCCAAAUGGCCAGCAGAAAAUAUCUUACUGUAAAGUAAAUUAGAGAAAUUGUACUCGGCUUUUAUCAUUUUUUAUUUUAAUAAAGAUUAUCAUGUCAAUACAAA